CUCUACCACCGCUGCCGCGGAUCUUUGGAAAGCCAUUCAUAAUUUGUUUCACGAUAAUAAAGCCGCUCGAGCCAUGCAAUUGGAACAACGCUUCUACAACACCGUCAAGGGCGCAUCCACCAUCGCUACUUAUUGUCAAACUUUGCGGAAUAUUGCCGACUUGUUAGAUGACGUGGAUGCCCCGGUGACGGAAAAUCAGCUCGUCUUGCAAACCCUACGUGGCCUUCCCGAGGAUCUUGGUUCACAGGCAUCUUUUCUGCAAUUCCAAAAACCCCCGCCGACUUUCAUGGAAACCCGAUCUGCACUCCUCCUCCUUGAAGGACAACGCCGCCCACAACCAGCUUCUGGCGACGAGGGAACUGCCCUGGCCACCCUCGGCCACGGUGGUUUCCGGCAGCAGGGUCGCGGUGGUGUGCCUACAGGCGGCGGGCAGCAAGGCGGCAGUAGCGGUGGACAGCUCUAUGGCGGACAGCUUCAUGGCGGACAAUCUCAAGGCAACGGCGGACGCGGGAUUCUCGGACAGGAACUGUGAUUCAACGUUGCAAUAAUGAAGGCCAUCUCUAUCCUCUGCGCACCCAAGACUCCACCACUCAAGCCCAUGUUGCUUCUGUCUCAGCUCAAACGUGGCAUCAACGCCUUGGUCACCCCAGUCCUGCAGUUCUAGAUAGUGUUCCUUAUUUAUCUUCUUUUUCUUUUAAUAAACUACUUCAGCAUAA